GUUCCAUGCAAAGCAACAAAACAGAAACAAAAUGACUCGCGAAGCGAAGAGAACGACGGUUUUGGAAGUGGGCGAUGAUGGAGUCGCUCUCAUCACCAUCGUCAACCCUCCUGUCAAUGCUCUCACUGCCAACAUAUUCCGCAGCUUAAGUGAGAGCUAUGAACAGGCUUUGGUGAGAGAAGAUGUGAAAGCAAUUGUAGCGACGGGUGCAAAAGGCAUUUUCUGUGGGGGCUUUGACGUUAGCGGUUUUUGUGGGCAAAGACGCAGGGAAGGUAUUUUACUUGCAUGUUUGUUUCGUAUUCUAUUAGUUGACUCUGGAUUACAUUAUCAUGUCCUUUUCUUUGUCUAAUUCUGGCAGAACAAACAAAGCCUGGUUAUACACCAGUUGAUUUCUUCACUGAUGCAGUUGAAGGUAUGUG